AGAGAGAGAGAGAGAGAGAGAGAGAGGGGUGGAAAACAGCUAUCGUUUGCCCAGACUUGUGGAGAGACAAGAGUGAGAGAGUAAGUGAAAGAAAGAGAGGGAGGUAGAGAGAGAGAGAAUUAGAGAGAGAGAGACUGACAGGAGGGGUGAGGAGCAGAUGAGAGGAGAGUUCACAAACUAUUGCAAAGCGUUGGAACAACCACCAGACCUCCAGUUCAAACAUGUCAGGGCAGCAGCAAUGGACGCUUCUGGCCGUCAUGGCCCUCCUGGUCCUCACAGUGACAGCAGGCGAGGGGGGGAAAGCUGAGAAACAAGGGAAGAAGGAGCGUAAGUCGGACUGUGGGGAGUGGCAGUGGAGUGUGUGCGUGGCCAACGAGGGUGACUGCGGCCUGGGCACCAGGGAGGGCACACGCACUGGCACCGACUGCAAGCAAACCAUCAAGACCCAGCGCUGCAAGAUCCCCUGUAACUGGAAGAAGCAGUUUGGAGGUGAAUGCAAGUAUGACUUCCAGGCCUGGGGAGAGUGUGACUUGGUGACGGGAAAGAAGAACCGGACUGGGGUGCUGAAACGCGCUCUCAUGGAUGCCACCUGUCCUAACACAGUGAGCGCCACCAAGCCCUGCGGCAAGAUCCCCAAGACCAAGCUGCAAGAUGCCAAGAAGCCGAAGCGGGAUGGGAAGAAGAGGGAGCGCACUCCGAUGGACUAGUGGUGCAUCAUGGGAAUCAGGAAGUGGAAGUUGAUGCUUAUACUGCCCUAUCUCAACAUGGUUCCUAUUUGUUUGUCCUGUAGGUUUAUAGGGGCCUGUAGCAGCUACACAACAAAGAGUUGGAUAGUAGUGAUAAAAUGUAUUUCUUUCCAAAUUUCUCAUAGGAAAAUCUUGUAGGGGAUUUAAUACUCUGCGUGAAUAAUACAAAUUAAGCAUUUCUUACUAAAAUGCUUACCUUAUAACAUUUUUCAGGGUCAUUUUUGGAAAAUCUAAAUAAAUUUGAUUUUUGUUCAUAUUACAUAACAUCCUUUUUGUUUGAGGUGACAACUAUUCUCACUCAAAUAUAAAAUAAUUUCUUGCAUGUCUGGAUUUAAAGCAGCUUAAAGUUAAAACUUCAUGCCUUUACUGGGGUUUUAAAGGUUAUUUUGCUGGUACCCUCAACAGCAAAAUUGCUAACAACUUUUCUAACAGUUUUUGAGGGCAUACAUUAAUAAGAAACAUAAGUACUCAUUGAUGUAAAGGAAAUUCCUUUUCUAAUGUUAUCUACAGUGAAAGAUGUAAACUAUUGUCAGAUGACUGUAUAAAUUAGCUACUGUCCUGUACAGUUGGUAGUGUGUAAAAGCUUGUGUCCAGUCUUAGUUCUGGUCCUUCUGCUAUUAUACCUCACUUUGUAGUCCCCCCGCUCUCCAGUUGAACUCUGAGUAAAACUGUUAUUGUAGUUUACAACUGGAGUUGACCUGUCCUAAUUAUCGAUUACAUUAAAAAAAAUAAAGUUUGAAAUGAUGUCCAAAUAUGUGUGAUGUUUACUCACCCUGAUUGAAGUAAUUACAUGUUCAUAUGAA